CACGUCAAAGAGAGUAGAGCAGACUAGUGUGGAUUCCCACCCACACCCCAUUCACAGCUUCCAGCUAACCCUGAUGCGCUACACAGUAGUAUGAGUUCCCUCUCUGCCCAGCAAGAUCAAAUGGAGCCAUUUAACAAGGAGAUGCUAUUACUCUCACCAUGCAGUUUCCACUAUCAAUAAUUUAAAUACCUUUGCAGAAGACAAAAAAAAAAGAGGCAAGAUUGAUUUAUUUUUUUUUAGUUUUUUUUUUUUUUUGCACCUUAAGUUUGGAAGAAAUUAAUUAGAAAGUAUUCAGAGUCUCUUAUAAGAUCACAAGAUACAAUUGUGUUGAUGGUUUCUUGGACAAGGUACUAACUGAAAAGUAUCAUCAGGUGAGAAGAGUGAUGACCAUCCUUUUCCUUACUAUGGUUAUUUCAUACUUCAGUUGCAUGAAAGCUGCCCCCAUGAAAGAAGCCAGUGUCAGAGGACAAAGUGGCUUGACUUAUCCGGGUCUUCGGACCCACGGCACCUUGGAAAGCAUAGGUGGCUCUGUGAGCGCUUCUAGAGGAGGGGGACUCCCGUCGUUGACAGAUACCUUUGAACAGGUCAUAGAGGAACUCCUGGAAGAGGAGCAGAACAUAAGGCAAAGCGAGGAGAACAAGGACUCUGACAUGUAUUCAUCUCGAGUUAUGUUGAGCAGUCAAGUGCCUUUGGAGCCGCCACUGCUUUUCCUGCUUGAGGAGUACAAAAACUACUUGGAUGCUGCAAAUAUGUCUAUGCGGGUCCGGCGCCACUCCGACCCUGCCCGACGCGGAGAACUGAGCGUGUGUGACAGUAUUAGCGAAUGGGUAACUGCAGCAGAUAAGAAAACCGCAGUGGACAUGGCUGGGCAGACGGUUACUGUUCUUGAAAAAGUUCCUGUACCCAAAGGGCAGCUGAAGCAAUAUUUCUAUGAGACCAAGUGCAACCCCAUGGGUUACAUGAAAGAAGGAUGCAGGGGCAUAGACAAGAGGUACUGGAACUCACAGUGCCGAACUACCCAAUCUUACGUGCGGGCUCUCACCAUGGAUAGCAAAAGAAAAGUUGGCUGGCGUUUUAUCAGAAUAGACACUUCGUGUGUAUGUACACUGACCAUUAAAAGAGGAAGAUAGUGAAUUUAUCUUGUAUAGAUUAUAUUGAGAAGAAAAUAUCUAUUUGUAUAUAUACAUAACAGGGUAAAUUAUUCAGUAAGAAAAAAAAUUUUAUGGACUGCAUGUAUAAAUGAAGUUUAUACAGUACGGUGGUUCUACCAAUCUAUUUAUUGAACAUAUCCAUAACCUUACUGCGUCUUCUGCGCACAAUGCCUCCUGUUCGCUGCUGGAGGAGCUUUGGGGAUUUCAUUGCUGUGCAUUAUUUCCCUUGACCCCUCCAGCAGCAUACGGGUAAAUACAUAUAAGCCUGCAUUAUGUUCCUCAAUAACAUUGUGGUUUGUUGCUGUUGCCAAGAAUUGAAACAGUUUAGAGUUAAAAGCGAGAGUUGCAUGCUGCUUCAGUUGUGAAAUUGAUAAUACUCUGUCCUCUUUCAAACGAAAUUCGAACCAAAACAUACCGUUUACAUUUCAAACAGUAUCAUCAUUCCUGUUGGUAUUAUAUCUGUUUACGGCUUUUAACUUCUGAUCGCGUUGGACUUAAAACAAUGUCGAGGUGCUGUUGUCAUAGCUCUACUGUUUAAUUUUAUUUUUUUUGUUUCGUUUUUCUUGUUUUUUAAUUUAAUUUUUAUUUUU